AUGGGACGAUGUGAAAUCUUGGAUGAAUUUCGCCCAUGGCUUUGUCCAUUCGAUACGGCUUUCGCCGAUGCUAUAUAUUUUUUCAAUCUCUUUCUACCAGUUGCCUUACCGCCUAAUUUGCAUCAUCAAGGAUUCAAAUUGUGGCUACCGGAAUUUCUUGGCAUUUGGGAGAGUGUGUGUAAUAAUCCAAAUUGGGAACAGAAUAUGAUUCAUAUUUUUUCCUUUGUCGCUUGGUACAAUAUUGGAUACAUUGAUUGGGAACCUUGGCUUUCACACAUUUUUACACUUUUCCUGAAAAUGUUAUCACUUCCGGUGGGCAAUCUUUCAAUAGCCCCACCGAAAGAUGUACAUUCAAUACCUGUUAUUGCAUCAUGGAUCGUAGCAAUGAUGGGUAAUGGAAAUGCAGCAAAGGCAUUCCGGAAUCUGGCCAUGCUUCGACCAGAACUAGUCGUGCCACCUAUUGUUGAACAACUUUUUUCAUCCGUCGACAUGUCCAAUGCUCGUACAGUAACGAAUGUGAAAGAUGACACUACUGAGAUAGAACUUACAUCAGUAGUCACUGGUAUCGUUCAACAGUGUAGUAGUAAAAUCUUUCAGGUGGUCCGAGAAAAGAUCAUGAACUUUCUUGUCGCUUCAUCAUUUACACCAAGAGUUAGCAAAUUACUCACGGAUCUGGUUCAACCCAUUCUCGAGGUGAAUCCAAUUGAAACACUCAAUGCACUAACAGUUGCUCCUGUCGAUUUCAAAUACAAAGCUCAAUAUACAGUCUGUGCCAAAGAACCAAAAUUCAAAGAAAAUCUGCGAAUGCGUUUGAUUAUCGAUAUCGGAAAGUUACUCGAUCAUCUAGUCGACAGACAUUCGGACGAUGCCUCGUCAAUUUCAACAGCUCUGCAGAUCUAUUCAUUGCCAUCGUGCUAUUUUGGACUAUUAGCGAACGAUUAUGCUAAAUUAAACAAUGAUUUUGAUAUAUUGAAAUACUCAUUUGAAAACAAACUCAGCGGCAGACGAUAUCAUCCUCGUUUUGUGAUAAUCAAACGUCUAGCAAAAGAAAUACAGUCGUUUUCAAUCGAUAAUUAUCAAUCGCUGACGAAAAUCGAUAAACAAGUGAUACUCAAACUAGUAGAAUUGUCUAUUAAUCGAUACAGUCAAGUUCGAUGCAUUGCACAAAUCUAUCUAUUCACCAUGUUACAGCGUUAUGUCUUUUCAUACAACGUAGUUGUCGAUCGCAUCCUGAAACUUCUUAAUGCACCGGGUGAAGCUGAUCAUGACGAAAUCAAAGGUUGUUUAUACAUUCUACUCGGUGAUGAUGCCUUUUUCUUGCCUACAAAACAUUCAACCUGGCGACAACAAGAGAGAACAGUCGUUUUUAUCAGCCUUCUUCUUCAAAAGCAUGUGCCGAUUCCAUCAUCAUGCAUUCGAACAUUCAGCAAUUUUCUUGUUCAUGACAAUGUCAAAUUACGAAUGGCAGCUUCUCCAUCUAUUUCAACCCUAUGUCGUCUGCAAAAACUACCUCGAAUCUAUGUUGAAAAGACACUUGAGGAGAUUCUGCAUAGGCCAAUUAACACCGAAUGUCAUCCUGGUGAUCGUGAUGAUAAUUUAUGGUUGACAAUCAAUGAUUAUAUACCACCAAAAAGCCAAGCCGAAUGGGAACAAACCUGUUUUUUGGAUAAGAGUUUUCAUGGCUAUUAUAAGUGGCCGAAAAUCAUCAAAUAUCCACUGAAUAAACGAGAACGAUACACGCGAGAGAAUAUGCCAGAACAAGUAGCGAUCUUGUACAAUCGAUUUAUUGACAAAAACUUCGUUGCAAAAUUCAUCCAAUUAAUGGUAUUGGAUAAAGAAGGAGAUAGCAGUUUCGAUGUGAAUCGAUUUCGAAUGUUUAAGGGUCUCUUUCGAAACUUUGGCUCGGCCUUUGUUGAUCAUUUCAUGGAACAAUUGUAUGCACUUAUUCGUGAAAAGAUAAUAGAGAUACAAGAAGGAAGUCAACGGGUAGCCGCUGAAAUUGUUGCUGGUAUGAUUCGUGGAUCAAAAUAUUGGACUGUAGAAAUGCUUGAUGAACUCUGGUCCAAACUCACACCAUUUCUCAAUGAACUCUGUAUGAAUCUCAGUUCGGAAGCAGUUCUUAACUGGGGUUGUUGUUUCUGGUUUGCUGUGGCCGAUGUAGAUCCUCGACGAACGUAUCAUACUGUUGAAUUUAUGCGUUCUUUGAUAAACACUCCUUCAACAGCAAAUACAUUCAUUGAAACAUCUCGCUGGAAUCUAGUUGAACAACUGAGGAAUUUCGAAUGGCGCAUUCCUGCAGUUUGGCAUGAAGUCAAUGCCCAUGCCAAAGACUUGCUGGAACAUCCAUACAAAGCCGUACGAGAGUCCAAUAUUUCUGGUGAAAUCGUUGGAAUCGAUUCGAAAGUUCGUCAAGCACUGAACUUUAUCGAAACAGUAAUUCAACUCUGCAUAGAACUAACUGGCAGAUCUCUACAGCCAAUAAAACAUGGAAUCAUUCGGCUAUUUCCUGACCUCUGCAGCAUCGAAAGUAUUGUGGCCAAUGAUGAAAGCCUCCGAGACCGUUUAACACUCAAUCGAAUGGCUACUGCUGUUACUUAUUUGCAUGUACCUUUUAUAGAAGCAUUCAUCGAACAAAUAGAAUAUGUGUGCAAAAGUUCCAAGUGGCAUGCACGCCGUGCUGCGAUUGAAUUUGUUCAGCAUAUGAUCUUCUGUAAUCUGUUCAAUGCUCGUCCUUUUGCACCACGCAUACGUGAAAUUGUUCUCAAAUGUCUCUUCGAUGAACAGCUCGAAGUGCGAACAAUCGCCUCAGUCACUCUAGCUGGAUUCUAUCAAUGUGGCUUCAUUCAAAUCACCAAGGAAGACCUGGAAUAUUUUCGUCUGAUGAGCAAAACGAACUAUUUCAUCAGAGUCGAUGGCAAGAAAGUGACAUCAACCGAGAAUAUUGUCAAGCGACACGGUGGUGUUCUUGGUCUGUGUGCGAUAGUUCUUUCAAGUCCAUAUGAUAUUCCAAUUCAUAUUCCUCGUGCUUUGAUGCUUCUAUGCGAACAUUCACACGAUCCAAAUCUCAUUCGAAAAUCAAUCAAGAAUGCCUUGUCAGAAUUUCGUCGUACUCAUCAUGAUUCAUGGCAUGAACACCGUGAAAAAUUCACCGAAGAUCAACUUGUCAUUCUAGCUGAUGUCCUGAUUUCUCCGAACUAUUAUGCCUGA